CCUCAUCUUCUUCUCUCAGAUCAUCAUUGCAGUAAUGGUGGAGUAAACAACCUCAAUUUGGCUUUGAAAUGUCCCUCAGAGCCAAGUCCCACACAGACCUGCAGACGACUGGCAGGUUCUCACUGGACGACAGCUUCUAUAAAUCCUUCUCCACGAGCAGCAGUAAUGUCAACAAAGGCAGCUGGUUCAGGAACGAGGUAACAGAAGAGGUUAAAGGUCUUCCCAAGCCAACCAGGCGGCCUGUGCGGGCAGUUAGACCAGUCAGCGCCAUCAACUCCAAUGGCUCCUUUGUUCAGAUUAACCACCUGCAAGGAGAGCUGGUCAGAAAAAGGAAGGAAUGUGAGGAUCUGAGGAAAGAAAACAAGUACUUAUUAAACGAGAUCCACAUGGAGCGGAUUAUGAUGCGCACAGAUAGCGAACUAACCAUGAGGAACCUGAGGAACCUGAACCAGGAGCUGCAGGACCAAAUCAAAGAGCUGAAGCUGAAGCUGUAUCAGUGCCAACAGAGGGCGACAUUGUGUUCCCAUGUAGCAGAUGAGGCGAAGGAGUCCAGGGGGGAAGCGGAGAAGAGCAGAGCCCUGGCUGAGGCCCGGGCCCUUGGGUGUCAGAGGGACAAAGAGGUGGCUGAGGCUGACAGGAAGCGCCUGAGUGAGGAGCUUCAGCAGCUUAAAAAAGAACACAUCGAUCUGCAGCUUUUACAGGCUCAAACAGAGAAGAACUAUUUUGAAACGAAGUUGAAAUUAGAUCGUGUGUCUGGGGAGAAGCAGACCCUGCUACAGGAGAACAAAAGCCUGCAGGAGGACAGAGAUGCCCACCGACAGAAACUGAGACAGGUCACACAAGAAAAUGUCCAAAUUAAAGAGAGUGAGAUGAAUUUGCGGCACAGAGCGACGGUGUCCGAGGAGGCGAGCAAAAAGGCCAACCAGGCUCAGCGGGAGGCUGACGCUGAGAGGCGUCAGGCUGAGAAGGAGAGGCAGGAGAGAGUGGCCGAGUGCCUCAGCUGGAGGGAGAGGCACCAGGAGUUAGCGGAGAGGUUCGCAGCUCAGGAGGACCUGAAGGCUCUGAGGCAGAACAAAGCAUGUCAAGCGAACAUCAAGAGCUACUUCCUGUGCAUGACAGAGAGCGACCAGAGGGUUAAAAUCCUCAGAAAUCAAGAUGGCAACCCGAGAAAUUUCACAGAAGGAGAUCCAGUGUAUAUCUCCACUCCUGAGUCCAGUCCUGAAGAGCCUGAGAGGAGUUCAUCAAGGACCAUGGUUAGAGUCUCUGCACCAAACACAGGGAGGGACCUGGGCCCGACUCACUUCGGCGAGCUGCCGGCCGCCGGAGGGGAGCGGCCCGACUCAGCACCAACGCGCAGGAGCAGGAAGGUGGUCGAUUACUUCUGGAUCCCCACAGACCAGGAGUGAGGGUCAGGUGCUUCCAUGGAGCAGAGGAAGCCUCGGGUUAACUCAAUGAGA